UUUCGCGAAGGAUGAAAUACCUUGUUUUACCGAUAUUGUGCUGCUUUUUCUGGUCCUGUGACGCUUCCAGUGGCGAUAGGAGUCCCUACUACCAGAAUUGCGUGAGGGUUUGUCAAACCUCGAACUGCACACAAGAUGGCUUGGAGUUCCGGAGACCUGAGCUUCAGCCUGUGCUGGAGCACCUCUUGGCGUGGUCGUGCCACGAUGAGUGCAAGUAUGAGUGUAUGUGGAAGACGACCAGAGCGUUUCUGGACCGCGACUGGGGCGUUCCUCAGUUCCACGGUAAGUGGCCCUUCGUGCGCUUCCUGGGACUCCAAGAGCCCGCCUCUGUGGUCUUCAGCAUCGGCAAUCUCGCGGCCAAUCUCUACAUGUUGCGCCAGUUCCGCGCCCGCGUGCGACGCGACAGUCCCAACUACUAUUUGUGGCUCUGCUUCGGGGCGAUUUGCUGCAAUUGCUGGCUCUGGAGCAUCGUCUUUCACGCACGCGACUUCCCCAUCACGGAGCUCUUCGACUACGCCUUUGCGUACUCCAUCGUGAUCAGCUCCCUGUGCUGCGCCAUGCUGCGCUUCCUGCACGCCAAGCAUUUCCUCGUGCGCCUCUUCGUGGCCGUCUUUUGCGCCCUGUUCUUCGUCAAUCACUUCGCGUACUUGAGCGUCGGUCGACUGGACUACAGAUUCAACAUGCAAGUAAAUGUGCUCACGGGCAUUCUGGGUGGCAGUUCUUGGCUCAUCUGGUACAUUUGCACGCGCAAGACGCGCAAGUACAGCUGGAAGAUCCUCGUCUUCCAGAUUCUGGCAGCAGCUUCUCUGCUGCUGGAGCUCAAUGACUUUCCGCCUCUCUUCUACACAUUCGACGCCCACUCGCUGUGGCAUCUGGCCACGGUUCCUCUCACGCUCCUCUUCUACAGCUUCCUCAUCGACGACUGCAUAUCACUGAGGCGGGAGAAGUUCGGCAGAGAUGACGACAUGAAGAAACUGAUCUAGUCAAGCCAAAGAACCUUGUGUUUUUAGGAUUAUACUUGAUGUAUUCUUAAGUAUUCAGUACAAUACCAAGAAAAGGUUCAUUUCCGGUGAAAUUUUAUGUAUUUGUAAUAAUUCUUGCAUUUAAAUGUGGUGUUUAAGUGAUUAAGUUGUGAACAAUGUAUUGUAUUCUUGUGGUUUGUGAAAUAUAGAAUU